AUGAAGUUUACUACUUUUGCUGUUGGUUCUUUGUUGGUCAUUUCCUCUAGUGCUGCUGUUAUACCAAGUGCUUACCGGGAUCAUGGCAUUGCUCGACUUGAACGUCGUGCAGGGGAAGAACCAGAUGACGGUUCACUAUCAAGAAACUCGGGCCAUCGUAAUGCAAUUAAAAAAAAGCCAGUUCCAGCUCCAGGUUCAGGUUCAGGCUCAGGCUCAGGCUCAGGCUCAGCUCCAGGCUCAGGUCCAGUUCCAGCUCCAGGUUCAGUUCCAGGCGAUGUGGUAAUGACCGACAAAGACUGGGAGAAUCGCAAACGUCGAAAUCCUAAUCGAAAUCCUGGAGUUUUACCUCCUAAAAGUGAUGUGGUAUAUGCUGAUAUCGAUCAUGGAAACCCACCUCGUGAUCGAAAACCUAGACCUUCAGCUCCUAAAGGCGGUAAUGAAGUAAUAUAUGCCGAUAUUAAUCAUAGUCCAAAUUCAAAUCCUAAAAACGGAAACAAGCCUAUAAGAAUGAACUCUGAUUCGGGUAGCGACUUUGAAGAUAUUAGACAAGUACGAAAGGAUAUAGAAGACUUGAAGGCUAAGCAAAAUGGCCCACAACCGCCAGGCUCAUCAGAUCGAUCGAACCCACCCGCUCUGCCGCCGAGAAACAACCCAGGCCCAUCCAAUUCACCAACGAGACCGUCAGACACACCCAUUCCGGCACCGAGAAAAAAGCCAAUCUUGCAACCUCCAUCAGAUCAAUCAGGCACACCCGCUCUGCCGCCAAAGAUGGGGAAAAAGCCAAUCUUGCAACCUCCAUCAGAUCAAUCAGGCCCACCUUCUUUGCCGCCAAAAGUAGGGAAAAAACCAAUCUUGCAACCUCCAUCAGAUCAAUCAAAUCCACCUUCUUUGCCGCCAAAAGUAGGGAAAAGGCCAGGCCCAUCAGGUUCAUCAGGUUCAUCAAGUCCACCCGUUCCUCCAAGACAAUCGGCUCAUCAAGAACCACCAGUUCCGCCAAAACGAGUCGAGUCAUUAGAUCCGACACCUCCCCCAAAGAAGCCGAGUCCAAAAUUACCCAAGAAAUCGAGCCCAAAGCCGCCAAACAAGACAGGUCCGAAACCUCUAAAUUUGAAAAAGUGGUGA